UACUCAAUCCCUAGUACCACCAUUAAUUAUACUCCCUACCACAUUGAUCACACAAAAAAUUACAAGAGCUAGAAACACACAAUGGAGAAUAGAGAUGAAGAUGUAAGAGUAGGAGCAAACAAGUAUAGAGAAAACCAACCAAUAGGAACUGCUGCUCAAUCUCAAGACAAUGAUGCUAAAGACUAUAAAGAGGCACCUUCAGCGCCUUUAUUUGAGCAUGGAGAGUUAUCAUCAUGGUCUUUCUAUAGGGCAGGGAUUGCUGAGUUUGUGGCUACAUUUUUGUUUCUUUAUAUAACGGUUUUAACUGUGAUGGGUGUGAAUAAAUCCAGUAAUAAAUGCUCCUCAGUUGGUGUUCAGGGAAUUGCUUGGGCUUUUGGUGGAAUGAUUUUUGCUCUUGUUUAUUGUACUGCUGGUAUCUCAGGUGGUCACAUUAACCCAGCAGUGACAUUUGGACUUUUCUUGGCACGCAAGCUAUCUCUAACAAGGACAUUGUUCUACAUAAUUAUGCAAUGUUUGGGUGCUAUUUGUGGUGCUGCUGUUGUUAAGGGCUUCCAACCACACCAAUAUGAAAGACUUGGUGGUGGUGCCAACACUCUCAAUAAAGGUUACUCCAUAGGUGAUGGACUUGGAGCAGAGAUUGUUGGUACAUUUGUUCUUGUUUACACUGUCUUCUCUGCUACUGAUGCCAAGAGAAAUGCAAGAGACUCCCAUGUUCCUAUUUUGGCACCACUGCCAAUUGGAUUUGCUGUGUUUUUGGUGCAUUUGGCUACAAUUCCAAUUACAGGGACUGGUAUUAACCCAGCUAGAAGUCUAGGUGCUGCUCUUAUAUACAACAAGGACCAAGCUUGGGAUGACCAUUGGAUUUUCUGGGUAGGGCCUUUCACUGGAGCAGCACUUGCAGCUCUUUACCAUCAAAUUGUCAUCAGAGCCAUCCCAUUCAAGUCAAAGUGAGGCAACAUUGAAGUUGAACCCAUAUGCCUUAUUAUAAGUAAUAACUAUAGUUGAAUCCAAGACAGGGUUCCCAAUUAGUUAAAUAUAUUAAUAUGGUUUCGUCCACUAUGAAUUUUAUUUAUUUAUACAUAAUUUAUGUAUUCACAACUUAUGUAUGUGUGUAUGUGAAAUCAAACUUAUAUUGAUAUGGUGGUAUGGUUUAUUUUACACUCUA